AUGGCGAACCCGAUCCCCAGCAGACCAGAAGACUUCCUCGCAACGCCUGCGCAAAGGGAGGUCUGUGAAGACAUCAUCACGCGCAGCUUUCAGUGUCGAUGGGAUGACCUGGCCGAUACCGACACCGAAAAACAUCAUGCCAAUACUAAUGUCAAUGCCAAUGCUGCUUCCGGAGUUGGUCAAGCCCAACCAGGAACACCAGCACCAAUAAUUGGUGGCAGUACAACCGGCCUCGGCGGACAGAGUGCAUAUACACUGUGUCCUGGAACUGCCUAUGCGGUGCCUACACAGCCUCAGGCUCAGGCUCAGUUACACAGUCGAGUUCAAGUUCAAGGCUCGGCUCAGGCUCAGGCGCAAGCUCAUGCACAAAAUGCGAUGUCCAUCGAUGAUAUGACAUGGCUGAACCAGCACCAAAUCUGA